AUGGGGCCGGAUUCAGGACCCUUCUUGCGAGACAGUCUAUCUUCGCCUCAGAGUCUCGGACCCAUCGGGCUGCUGUCGAGGCUGAAGAUCCUGACCAUUAAUGUCGCUGUAUCCAGCGCAGAUAAUUCGAACCACUCAGUGCCCAACUUCAAUUAUAUGGCUGUUUGUUGCAGCACAAAAGAACGCGACUGCCUGGAAGAGGCAGUUACACAGCAAUGCCCCUCCGGAUUCAAGCCAGUUCCGCCUGAAAUUGCCAUCGGCUGGCUGGGAUCGCAACAAUAUAAUCAUCCAUCAAUCAAUCAAUCAAUCAAUCAAUCAAUCAAUCAAUCAAUCAAUCAAUCAAUCAAUCAAUUGAUUCCCCCGCAGACGGCUGCGGUUGGAGGCUAUUCGUGGCGAGCUCAACUUCCCGCCACAGUCUGUACCGCAUCGCAAUCGUGCUGA